AGGCCACUCUUCUUUAAAGUGAUAAUUCAAGAUGGCGACCGCUGACUGGAAUCCCCUCGGGGAAGUGUAUUACAGAAAAUGCGAGCUGUACACAAUGGAGUGGAGUGGCCUGGUGGAUCUCGCCAAACACACGGUGGCAGCAUCCUCGUACGGAGGACCUAUAGCACUGAUGAAGGAUGACAGCAAGACUGCCCGAGUAACCACAACUAUCAAGCCAGUGAUCAGCGUGUAUAAUGCCGCCGGGAAAUUGCUCAGUCAGAUGAGGUGGAACAGCGGGACGGUGGUCACUAUGGGCUGGUCAGCCACGGAGGAACUCUUGUGUGUGCAGGAGGAUGGCGUCGUGCUGGUCUACGAUAUGUUCCUCACGUUUAAGAAAACCUUCAGCAUGGGACAGGAAGCCAAAGAUGUGAAAAUCCUGGAUGCCAAGAUCUUUGCCAGCUUCCAGGGCACGGGCAUCGCUGUCAUGACGACCUCAUUCCGCAUCUUCCUCAUCAGCAACGUGGACAGUCCUCGCAUCGUGCGCCUGGCCGAGGUUCCAGGUUUGAAUGAAGCUCCGAACUGCUGGACGAUCGUCGUGUCGGACCGACAGGCCCGCGCCCUGGUGGCCAAGGGCGGAGAACUCUACCUCGUCGACCAGGGAGGGCAGUUCCAGCAACAGCAAGCAGAGCUGAGCGAGAACGCGGGUGACAUCACAGAGCUGGCCGUGUCCUUCAACAACAAGUACCUGGCCCUCUGCACGAAGAACGGCGCCCUCUGGAUCGGCUCGGCCGACCUUCAGAAGAAGUACUGUGAGUUCAACACCAGCUCUCCGAUGAAGCCGCAGCAACUUGUCUGGUGUGGCAACGGAGCUGUGGUGGCCCUGUGGGACAAACUGAUCCUGGUGGUGGGGCCAGACAAAGACUGGAUCAAGUACAACAUGGACUGCUCGGUACAUCUGCUACAGGAGGAAGACGGGCUGAGGAUCAUCGGCAACGACACUCACGAGUUUCUGCAGAAAGUUCCAGCGGUGACGGAGCAGAUCUUCAAAAUCGGCUCCAUGGAGCCCGGAGCCAUGCUCUAUGAGGCCAGCAAGGAGUUCCAGAAACGCAACCAAAAAGCGGACGAGUACAUCCGGAUGAUCAAGGACAAACUGGAGGUGGCUGUCAAUCAGUGUAUCCAGGCCGCCGGUCAAGAGGUGGAGCCAGGGAAACAGAGGACACUGCUGAGGGCUGCGUCGUUCGGAAAGUGUUUCCUCACAGACUACCGGCCGGAGCUGUUCGUCAACAUGUGUCAGAUGCUGCGCGUGUUGAACCAAGUGCGUCAUCACUCUGUGGGGAUUCCCCUUACCUACACACAACUGGAGCACCUGUCGAUGCCCGUGCUGAUCGACCGACUCGUGCUGCGGAAGUUGUUCGGGCUGUCUGUCCGCAUCUGCCAGUAUCUCAAGAUCCCCGACGCUGAAGGUCGCAGUCGCAUCCUGGCGCACUGGGCGUGUUUCAAGGUCCAGCAAAAACACGAAGAUGAAGAGAAGCUGGCUCGGGCGAUCUCGCAGAAACUGUUGGAUGUACCUGGCGUGUCUUUCUCCGAGAUUGCCAGUCAGGCCUUGGAACAUGGCCGCAAACAGCUGGCUGUCAAGCUACUGGACUAUGAGCCCCGUGCCUCGGAGCAGGUCCCACUUUUGCUGAAGAUGGGACAGGACCAGACGGCCUUGACCAAAGCUAUCGACAGCGGAGACACAGAUCUAGUGUACACAGUGCUGCUUCAUCUCCGGGACAAGAUGGCCAGUGCUGGGGACUUCUUUAUGAUGAUCCGAACCAUGCCCAUUGCCUGUUCUUUGUACAUACAGUAUUGUCGCCAACAGAACCUGAAGCUGGUGGAGGAUUUGUACUAUCAGGAGGAUAACUCUCUGGAGGAGGGAAACUGUAAAGUCAUACGUAGUUAUACACUGGAGCACCUUGAGGAGAGAGCUAAACUACUAGAAGACGCCAUGAACUGUUUCCACCGCUGCAAGAACGAGUUUGCCGCCAAGUUCUGGAUGCUCAAAAUCAGCGCCCUGGCUGAGGUCGGUGACUGGUCAGAGCUGGAGAAACUGUCCAAGACGAAGAAACCACAAUUCCGUGAAGCGGCGGAGGCGGCCAUUGAGAACAAAAGUGAGGAGGACUUCGACUACGUCUUGUCGCGGCUGGGUCUGGCCGAUCGCCAGGUGGCCGAGACGGUUCGGGGGAUGAGGGGUCAGCUGAUGGCCAGGAGGUGAAAGGUCAAAAAGGCACUACUCUGCCGUAAGCUGUCAAAAGGCCUGGUUUUCUUGGGGGCAGUUUCGGGAAAAAGAGGGGGGGGGGUUGUCAGCAUAAUCAUUUA